AUGGCCUGGUGGCGUAGACACUCGGAUGGCAGUGUGGGCUCUUCUUCGGGGGGCCAGAUGGCGAGCGAGCAAGGAAUGACGGCGUCCUACGCAUCGAUGGCGCCCGACGAGCCACCACCCGCCGCAGGAGGGGGCGAUGGCUGCGCGUGGAAGAUUGAUCUGCAGCGAGGCGAGGGCGGCCGGCGCGUAGGGCGCAAGCGAGAGGCCGGGUCCAUGUUCCGCAGCGGAUGGGGCGGAGGCUGGGGGGCCGCCUUCGGUGCCCAGACCCCUCUGUCGCCACCAGAGGCGGCAGAGCGGAUGGAGAGGCAGAGGUGGGGCAAGCUGCCCGACAUGGAGCGUGUGAGGGCCAACCCCAACAUCGACCACGACAAGAUGUGGCGGCCGAGAUGUGACAUCUUCCAGGAGGACCAAGACCACCUGAGGGUGGAGAUCGAGCUGCCCUCUAUUCCCAAAGAGGACAUCAGCCUCACCUUGAAGGACAAUGUGCUGGUCAUCGCCGCUCUCAAGCCGCAAACGGGCGAAGAAGAGCACGGCGUCUACUUCCAGAAGGAACGCAACUUUGGCCGCUUCUACCGCAAGAUACCGCUGCCUGUCCCGGUCGAGCCCAAGUCUGCGCGGACGGAGCUAGACGCGGGCCUGCUGAGGCUCCAUCUCAAGAUCAGCAAGAAGACCACCCCCGCCAGCAAGAUGAGGACACCUAGCCUGAUGGAGGUGUGCCGUCGGCAGGGAUUCCCAGGUCUAUGGCUUAUGUGGAAGUGUAGUGGUCGACUUAUGUACAGUUGA